AUGACUAAAAACAGCAACAGCGGCCGUUUAGUUAGAAAUAAAGAUGACGAAAGUGACGAGGAGUUCGUCGUUGUCGCCGCAGACUCUUUUAAUUCCCAGUACAAAUCGCCAAAAAGAGCAAAAGUUGAUAACGCAGUCAAAGCAACGACGAAAGUCAUUGCUAGGGAAAUUGAUGGCGGAAAUGCCGCCGUUGCCCGAAGCUCCGUCGACUCUCAGCAGCGGACUAACACCGAAGCUUAUCCCCGAACUCAUCAAUAUGAAAAACGAAAAGUCGAAACCUUAUCUCAUCCCUCAACUUCGGCCCAAGUGUCAACAAAUGACAAAGCCGUUUGUUCACAGCUCCGUAAAGAAAUCAAUGCAGAAUCAGACUCUCAUACAGCUUCCUUCGACUCCUCCACUUCAUCCAGUGAUUCACCGAAUGCCCGCUCCACCAGCUUAUCAGCAAGCACCGCAACAGAGAGCUUUGACGCAGGACCCGAUUCAACUGACCAUUUUCGGGCGUUUACCUCAAGACGAAACCCUGCAGUCAUCGGAAGCGGAAACAACAGAGCAAACGUCGACGGACAGCGCCAGUGUAACUACAACUACGAAUACGAGUACGAGACGGCAGCCAUCUUUUCUUCAGAAUCUUCUAUGUCCUCUCAGAAUUCCGAUUCAUCAGAUGUUUCUUAUUAUCCUGGGAAUAACUAUUCUACUAACGCUUUUACUGAUUCUUCUCGGUUUACUUUUUGCGAAAAGCUUCAGCGAGAGCUCCUUGUCACCGAAAAUAGUACUGCCUCCGACCGAUCCAGAAGAAAUUCGUCCGAUGAAGCAAGAAGCAAUUCUCAUUCACAGAGCGCCAGACGGGGCAAUUCUGAUUCCUCAAGAAUUCACGGAAGUACUGAUCAAUUUUCUCAACAGCCUUCAAGACGAGUACGAGUGGGCGAAUCCGCGUUAACCUCCAAAUUCGAGCGAUCUAGUAAUUCCGAACAAGCAGUAGAAUUUGCAGUGUACGAAGAAUGUUUUCAACGUCGUGGUAUUUUUGGAGAUAUGAACUUCAUGGAUUUCGAUUUACCUGAUCAACUUACGCAUUUCUCUUCGUCUCCGUACAUGGAUGGGCAAUGGAGAGAUCUUAUUUUACUUGAAGUAAAAGCGAAGGAUUGGCAGAAAGUCAAAAACAGAAUACUGAACAAUCCACCACCUUUAAUUCUUCCAUUCGAAAAGUCUUCUCCGACGACAACUUUGAGGAAACAAACAAUGGAGUCUUUUCAAACCUUAGAAAGCCGCAUUCUUCCAACUCUUGCAAACGAUAAAAAUGCACAGAUUUACACAACUUAUCCUGAGAACGCUCCACUACUUACUGCGGGAGAUGUUGCGCCGAAUCCUCGAUCAUACAAAGCGAAUCCUGAAUAUUUUGAUGCUGAUUACAUUUCAGUUGACAGUUUGCUUGGAGAUGUAAAUUUUACAAAUCCUUCGGGUGCUCUUGCCGCACUUGAAUUUACGUUUUCUAUCCUGGACAUUGAUUACAGAGUCGUACAAGAUCCUCAGACAGGCGUUCAAUCUACAAAGCUCGUUUCAAGAGCGUUUCGACUAAUCAAUCCAAACAUUUCGGAAGUUAUGUAUCGAAAUCGAUUUGCUAACGACUCAGCAGUCUUUGAUCAAGAAGAAUUCGUUUUAAACAAUUUCGAUGACGAAGUUGAUUUAACGGUAGAGUUGACAACGUUACUUGGGGCCUUCUCUUGCGAAAGCUAUAAUUUUUCGAAAAAAUUUCUUGCAGAUGCCGCUUCAUUAUCAAAAGAAUCGCAAAAAAUUGUUCCGCCGCCCGUUGAGACAACUCAAACGAAUCCUGAAGUAAAUAACGCCAAUGAAGAUGAAUUUGCCAAGCCUCGCAAAAGUGAAAGAAUUCGAAAUCAGAAAUUGAACACAAUUCCGAAGUGCGACGAUGAUGAAGAAUUCGAAUAUAUGACAGUACCACUAGAAAAGCGCGUCUACAAUUUUGAUGCUAACAACUUUCCCGUUGAAAACCCGGACGACUUACAAACAACUCAUCAAGAAGAAGACGUCGCUCUCACUGACGCCUUUAUUCUUCCCUCGAAUGAAAUUCGUCAGCAGAAUCGAGAGCGGUUGCAAAAUGAGCACUCAGCCGGCGCCGGAUCAGCAAGAGAAGACGUACAACAACUCUCCCGAAUUGACGACGACGUUUCAGGACGAGUUGCUGUCAACAAGUUCAGAGGAACCUCGCACGCCAAGCCCGAUACACUUCCCACCAAUCGAAUCGUUGGUCUCGAAGAAACCUACAGAGACGCAAACGGACCAGGUUGUCCCCGAUUUGGAGUCAGCCAGCCUUCUAAGACACAAGAAUCCGGGCACGCUCAUUCAUACGAUAGGCCCGUGUACCGUCAAUUACCACACGACACCAGCCGUCGACCAGAAUCAAUCGUAUUGGGCUCACCCCAAUCCACCGGCACAAUGGGCGCCUCAAGCAUGUACAACUCCUUGGAGACCGCCGCAGAACCUCUCUCCAGAAGAAUUACAGUCGACGAUGUCGUUUCCUAUAUCAGGGAAAUCGUUGAUCCACUUGAGCGCAUCCGGGCGGCUCUUGCGGAUCGAACCUCUGUGCAACUGCUGCCAGCUGCCCUGGAUGUCUUCAACGAGCUCCGCGUCCCAUCAUCAACCGCCCCCACAAGCGCAUUCUCAACCGCCGUCUCCGUGUCAGCCGGCGAGUCCAACUCAGCUACCUCAAGCAACCGACCUUCGCAUCCAUCGACGCGUCAAUUUUGA